AUGGAAGAGGAGCUGAAGUGCCCGGUGUGCGGCUCGCUCUUCCGGGAGCCCAUCAUCCUGCCCUGCUCGCACAAUGUCUGCCUGCCCUGCGCCCGCACCAUCGCCGUGCAGACCCCGGAGAGCGAGCAGCACUUGCCACCCCUGCUCCACCCGCGGGGCCCCGCACCGCCGGCCGCCGCCGCCGCGCCGGGGCCGGGAGCGGCCGCGGGCUCCGCCGCCUGCCUGGACUCGGAGUACGCGGCGGGCGGCGGCGGGGACCACGCGGACAAGCUGAGCCUGCACAGCGAGACCGACAGCGGCUACGGCUCCUACACCCCCAGCCUGAAGUCCCCCAACGGCGUGCGGGUGCUGCCGCUGGUGCCCGCGCCCCCAGGCUCGGCAGCGGCGGCGGCUCCGCGGGGCGCCGGCCCUGCCAGCUCCUCCCUCACCUGCCCGCAGUGCCACCGGAGCGCGUCCCUGGACCAGCGCGGCCUCCGCGGCUUCCCGCGCAACCGGCUGCUGGAGGCCAUCGUGCAGCGGUACCAGCAGGGCCGCGCCGCCGCCGCCGCCGCCGCCAAGUGCCAGCUGUGCGACCGCAGCCCGCCCGAGCCGGCCGCCGUGCUGUGCGAGCAGUGCGAGGUGCUGUACUGCGCCUCAUGCCAGCUCCGCUGCCACCCGGCCCGCGGGCCCUUCGCCAGGCACCGCCUGGUCCCGCCGCCCGCACACCCCGGCGGCAGCGGCGGCGGCGGCGGUGGCGACGGCGGGAAGGGGGCGGGCGGCGGCCGCAAGCUACCGACGUGCGCCGAGCACGACCUGGAGAACUACAGCAUGUACUGCGUGAGCUGUCGCAGCCCCGUCUGCUACCAGUGCCUGGAGGAGGGCAAGCACGGCAAGCACGACGUGAAGGCCCUGGGCGCCGUGUGGAAGCAGCACAAGGCACAGCUGUCUCAGGCUUUAAAUGGUGUUUCAGAUAAAGCAAAGGAAGCAAAAGAAUUUUUGGUUCAGCUGAAAAAUUUAUUGCAGCAGAUUCAGGAGAAUGGGUUGGAUUAUGAAGCCUGCCUCGUCGCUCAGUGUGAUGCUUUGGUUGAUGCGUUAACGCGGCAGAAGGCAAAACUGCUCACAAAGGUGACCAAAGAACGUGAGCACAAGCUGAAGGUUGUUUGGGACCAGAUAAAUCACUGUACACUGAAGCUACGCCAGUCAACAGGGCUUAUGGAGUACUGUCUAGAAGUUAUCAAAGAAAAUGAUCCCUCUGGGUUUUUACAGAUUUCGGAUGCAUUAAUCAAGCGUGUUCAGAUAUCUCAGGAACAGUGGGUGAAAGGAGCUUUGGAGCCAAAAGUGUCUGCCGAGUUUGACUUGACCCUGGAUAGUGAACCUUUACUGCAGUCCAUUCACCAGCUGGAUUUUAUUCAGAUGAAAUGUAGGGUGCCACCCGUCCCGUUACUACAGCUGGAGAAGUGUUGCACCAGAAACAACAGUGUGACAUUGGCCUGGAGGAUGCCACCUUUGAGCCACAACCCCGUGGAUGGUUAUAUCUUGGAACUUGAUGAUGGAGAUGGUGGCCAAUUUCGAGAAGUAUAUGUGGGCAAGGAGACUCUCUGCACCAUCGAUGGCCUUCAUUUCAACAGUACCUAUAAUGCAAGAGUCAAAGCUUUCAACUCCUCGGGAGUUGGUCCUUACAGCAAGACGGUUAUUUUACAGACAUCAGAUGUGGCAUGGUUCACUUUUGACCCCUCCUCAGCUCACAGAGACAUAGUGCUGUCGAAUGACAAUCAGACUGCCACCUGCAACAGCUACGAUGACCGGGUUGUCCUUGGCACUGCAGCCUUCUCCAAGGGGGUGCAUUACUGGGAGCUUCACGUGGACCGCUAUGACAACCACCCAGACCCAGCCUUUGGCAUUGCCAGGAUUAAUGUUGUCAAGGACAUGAUGUUGGGCAAGGACGACAAGGCAUGGGCCAUGUACGUUGACAACAACCGCAGCUGGUUCAUGCAUUGCAAUUCUCACACCAAUCGGACUGAAGGAGGAGUUUCUAAAGGUGCCACCGUUGGUGUUCUUCUGGAUCUGAACAAGCACAACCUCACCUUUUACAUAAAUGGGCAGCAGCAAGGGCCUCCAGCAUUUGAAAACGUUGAGGGUGUCUUCAUGCCUGCAUUGAGCCUCAAUCGAAAUGUCCAGGUGACCCUGCACACAGGACUGGAGGUGCCACAAUGUGUAAAACAACCCAAGCUGCCCAACAACUAG